AUGUCUUCUCCUCCUGCAUGGUGGGUGGCUGCUGACGUUGUGUGCCUUUCUUGCGUGGAUGCCGUCUCGUGGUGUGUGAAAUGUGCGGCUGGGCCUGCUGCCCUCUCGUCAUGUUGUCUGCCCUCUCUCUCGCUGUAUCCUCGGUGCUUCGUCUCUCUCCCUCUUGUUCCAUUCUUUUUCAUCUGCCUCACGGAUCAGCUGACUGGCUCCAGCGACUCCACUACGGGUGACGAUGACUGCGAUGGUGGCGAUGGUGACGGUGCGGCGGCGUGUUGUUCCUUACACUCUCGUGCUGCUUGUCUGUGUGCGUGA